GUAGUGGCCGGGUGAGGGCACCACUGUACCCGCCACUCAUUUUCGAAAACACCGCUGCUGCUUCCCUCCUUAUUUUCACCCAUUAUGAAGCCUGAUAGGACGCCUCAAGUCCGGAAGCCUCGACCCACCCCAAAGCCUAAGACGGUCGAACGGAAUGUAGAGCAGGACCCAGUGGAAGUCUACUGUCGCAUUCGACCUAGUGACUCUCCUGACCAGGAAGACUGUGUCACUGUUGUUGAUCCAUGCACUGUGAAGCUUACUCCUCCAGUAAACUGUUUUGCUUUUCGCAAUGGGAGUGCCAAGGAACAACAUUACAAGUUCCGACGUGUGUUUGGCCCAGACACCUCACAGAAAGAACUUUUUGACUGUGUUGCCAAACCCUUGAUAGCAGAUGUUCUCAGAGGAAAAAAUGGCCUUCUCUUUGCUUAUGGUGUCACUGGUUCUGGCAAGACAUACACAAUGCAGGGUGCACCACAGGAUGGUGGAAUUGUGAGAAGAACGCUUGAUGUGAUCUUCAACAGUAUCCAUGAUUACCAAACUAAGAGAUGCAUCUUUAAACCAGAUCGCAUGAAUGGAUUUGAUGGCCAGUGUGAAUCUGAUGCUUUCAGUGAUCGCCGAAGGUUAGAUGCUAAUCCAACCACUAGAAUGACGAGGUCUUACAAACUAAGAAGAGAUACUGGUGGGUCUCAGGACACGUCACAACGCAUUCCAGACACUUCUCGCAUUGAAAACAUUGAUGAUGACAACGUGUUUUCCAUUUUUGUGGCCUACAUUGAAAUAUACAACAACUAUAUUUAUGAUUUGUUAGAAGAGCUUCCAGAAACUGGACCUUCAAGGGGACUACAAACUAAGAUUCUCCGAGAAGACUCGCAGCACAAUAUGUAUGUUCAUGCCUGUACAGAAGUGGAAGUUAAGAGCCCUGAGGAUGCUUUAGAAGUCCUGUACAAGGGUGACAAGAGACGCAAGAUUGCAUACACACGUUUGAACUGCGAGUCCUCCCGGUCACACUCCAUUUUCACUAUCAGGGUUGUUCAGGCACCACUUGAUGCCCAGGGUGAAGAUGUUGUAACAGCCAAGAAUGCCAUCACUGUGUCACAGCUUUCACUAGUGGACUUGGCUGGUUCAGAGCGUAACACCCGCACAAAAGCAGUAGGUGACAGGAUUAAGGAAGCAGGUAACAUCAAUAACUCGCUCAUGAACCUGAGAGCUUGCAUUGAAGCUCUUCGAGAAAAUCAGAUGACUGGAGGAGUCAGGAAAGUGCCCUACAGAGACUCCAAACUUACCCACUACUUCAAGAAUUAUUUUGAAGGGGAAGGCAAAGUGAACAUGGUAGUGUGUGUAAAUCCCAAAGCUGAUGAUUAUGAUGAAACCCUUCCUGUGAUGAAGUUUGCUGAGCUUGCAUCUGAGGUUAACAUCCAGCGUGGACCUCAGACUGUGAAGCAAGACUUGGGACUGCUUCCUGGAAGAAGGCGUGCCAAUCAACUAUUCAAGGACGUGCGUAGGAGGCUAGAAACUGAGGGUGAAAAUGUCAAGAAUCUGGAGGUUGAUCUGACUCCCAUAUACACAUUAGCUCCUGAAUGGCCAUCCGUUGUAUACACACCAGAAAUCAUGGAUGAUGUAGUUGCCAAGCUCAAGGCUUAUUUGCUGAAGAGGAUCAACAGUAGAGAGAAGCUUAAAUCUGAUCUACAAGACAAGAUAUUUGUGGUGCGUUCAAGUGUAAUGGAAAUGGAGAAAGAAAAUAUCUUAAUGAAAAAGGAGAUCAGCGAUCUGCGUUCCCAGUAUAGUGAUGCCAUGGCGAAAGUCCGGAGCAUGGAGUCGAUGCUGCUUAAUGCUGAAUCUGUAAAUGAAAGUUUACAAAGGAAAUUCAAUGAUUAUAAUUAUCUCGUGGAUGAAUGUAAUGCUGUGCGUGAAGAACUAGACAUGGCCAAGGCACAAGGGCAGAUAGAGAAGCAAAGGAUGAAAGCACGACUUAAAACUAAAUUAGAACAAGAGAGAGAGAAGCUUAAAACUGGCAUGAUUGCUAAGCUUAGUCAGCAAAAGUCUAGAAUAUACCAGACACAAGUACGGGCUCUGCAAGAAAUCCUUUUAGAUGGUAAUCCUAGUACUCAAGUCAGCUGCCCGUCUGUGUCGGAUUCUGAUAUCUCCCAGAUACGUCCAACAACCAGAAGCCAGAAUAAAUCAAAUUCUGAUCCAAAGUUGGAAGCUAGUAAUGCCAUCCACACAUCUGAUAUUUUUAGUUCUGGAGUUGUAAACUUACGUCACAGGAGGUCAAGAUCUCAAGGUGCUGAAAAAUGGCUUGAUCAUCGGCCUGUGCAGGAGGUACCGACUGGAACAGUACUUCAGCCAGCAUUGCCAAGACGAAAAUCGGUCACUUGUCUACGUAGUGGCGAUUUAACAGAAGGUCGUGUCUCACGGUAUUGCUUGACAAGUCAGCAGCAGGAUUCUGAGGGGGAACUUGAAACAAAGUUGUAUAAGGGUGAUGUGCUUCCAACUGUUGGAGGUGGCUCACAAGUUGUGUUUCAAGAUGUGGAAAUUCUGAGACAGUGCGACCCACUUGCUGUUCCCUCCCGUAAGCGAUCUUCGGGUGGCACACCAAAAGUAGACGUUUCAACAAUCCAGGAUCGAUGUGCUGUUGGCAUUCAGGGCCACGCAGCGUCUCGACAGUUUGGCUUAAAUAAGAGAUCUAGGUUUUAAGUGUAGGUAUUUGGGGGUAUUCUUAGCCCACCCGAGUGAGAGUAUCUUCAGAUUUUACAAAGAGCUGCUAAGAGUUUUCUUCACAGGUGCUGUGUAGAGUAUCUUUAAGACUUCCUGUUCUACUCGUUGCUGGUAUAGGAGAUACGUACCUAAAAGUUAA